AUUUUUGAUAAGGGGUUUCGGUUUGCGAGCCUACACUACAGCUCCACGCUUAGCAAAGAAAAUAUGGCUGAAGAAAUUAGACGUCGUGUAAUUGAAACUGAAACAGAAGAAGAAGAUUCUAAGCUUGUGUUUGAAACAUCUGAAGAUGUAAAAGUUACCAAAACGUUUGAGCAGAUGAAGCUCCGGGAAGAUCUUAUUCGUGGAAUAUAUGCUUAUGGUUUUGAGCGACCUUCAGCUAUUCAACAGCGAGCUAUUAUUCCCAUUAUAAAAGGAAGAGAUGUUAUAGCACAAGCACAAUCAGGUACUGGCAAAACAGCAACAUUUUCUAUUGCAGCCCUGCAACAAAUUGAUACUCGUCUACGUGAAACACAAGUAUUAGUGUUAUCACCAACCAGAGAAUUGGCUUGUCAAAUACAAAAGGUUGUUUUAGCGUUGGGGGAUUACAUGAGUAUUCAAUGUCAUGCUUGCAUUGGUGGUACAAAUAUAGGUGAAGAUAUAAGGAAACUUGAUUAUGGUCAGCACAUAGUUUCUGGCACACCUGGAAGAGUUUUUGAUAUGAUAAAGAGAAGAAAUUUGCGAACAAGAUCUAUUAAACUCCUGAUUUUGGAUGAAUCUGAUGAAAUGUUAAACAAAGGGUUUAAAGAACAAAUCUACGAUGUUUAUAGGUUCCUUCCUCCUGCAACACAGGUUGUUUUGGUAAGUGCUACUUUGCCACAUGAAAUUCUUGAAAUGACGCAAAAGUUUAUGACUGAUCCUAUACGAAUUCUUGUCAAGCGUGAUGAGUUGACUCUCGAAGGAAUCAAACAGUUUUUUGUUGCUGUUGAGCGCGAGGAGUGGAAAUUUGAAACGCUUUGUGAUCUAUAUGAUACUCUUACAAUUACGCAAGCUGUUAUAUUUUGCAAUACAAAAAGAAAAGUAGAUUGGCUCACUGAAAAGAUGAGAGAAUCAAACUUUACCGUCGUUUCAAUGCAUGGUGAUAUGCCUCAAAAAGAGAGAGAUUCAAUUAUGAAAGAAUUCAGAUCUGGAUCAAGUCGUGUGUUGAUUUCAACUGAUGUCUGGUCACGCGGAUUAGAUGUUCCUCAAGUUUCUCUUGUUAUCAAUUACGAUUUACCGAAUAAUCGAGAGUUGUAUAUUCACAGAAUCGGUCGGUCAGGUAGAUACGGGCGUAAGGGUGUUGCAAUUAAUUUUGUCAAGUCUGAUGACAUACGUGUUUUACGUGAUAUAGAGCAGUACUAUUCGACACAGAUUGAUGAAAUGCCUAUGAAUGUUGCUGAUUUGAUUUAACUUUCACGCAGAGGAAUUCAUUGUAUACUCCCAUACAGAUGACAUAUUGUUUUGCGGUUCGGUAUUUUAACGUCGACAUUUUACAAAUGUGAAAAAAUUUAAGACGAAGUUUUAAAGCUAACUUAUGAUCACUAUGUACAUUUAAUUUUGAUAUAAAGUUCUUCUUGAAGCUCCUAUUUAAAUUUAUUAAAUUGGAUAAGGUGUAAAACAGCAAGUGUAAAAAUAUCAAGUUAAAAGGUUAUUAUAAAACAUUUUUUA